AUGGAGUCAGGUGCCACCGACCAACCCGAGACCAUUGAAGUGCUGCCCCAGCACAAGUUCGACUGCAAGUCCCUGGAGGCCUACCUAAAUCAGCACUUACCUGGAUUUGGGGCAGAUCCUGGGGCUGCGCUGACGGUCACUCAAUACAGAUCAGGACAGUCGAAUCCAACCUUUUAUCUCCAAAAGGGCUUCCAAGCAUAUGUACUGAGGAAAAAACCACCAGGUACACUUCUUCCUAAGGCACAUAAGAUUGAUAGAGAGUUUAGAGUUCAGAAAGCCUUGUUUUCCACUGGAUUCCCCGUUCCCAAGCCGUUGCUGUACUGCAGUGACGUCUCUGUCAUUGGAACAGAAUUUUACGUGAUGGAACACGUGAGAGGUCGAAUCUUUCGUGAUUUCACAAUUCCUGGAGUCAGCCAAGCGGAACGCUCAGCCAUCUAUGUGGCCAUGACAGAAACUUUGGCUCGGCUACAUUCCUUGGAUAGACAGUCUUUGCAGCUGGAAGGGUAUGGAAUAGGUGCUGGGUACUGCAAAAGACAGGUAUCGGUCUGGACAAAGCAAUAUCAAGCCACAGCUCAUCAGGACAUCCCAGCCAUGGAGCAGCUCUCUGAGUGGCUAAUGAAGAACUUGCCAGAUAAUGACAAUGAGGAGAACUUGAUUCAUGGAGACUUCAGACUAGAUAACAUCAUUUUCCACCCUAAAGAGUCUCGAGUUAUAGCAGUAUUGGAUUGGGAGCUGUCAACCAUUGGUCAUCCUCUGUCAGACUUAGCUCAUCUUUCCCUGUUCUACUUUUGGCCAAGGACACUUCCGAUGAUAAAUCAAGGUUCUCAUAUUCAAGAAAACAUAGGAGUACCAGCAGUGGAAGAACUGAUUUCUAUAUAUUGUCACUGCAGAGGCAUUAAUCCUAAUCUUCCCAACUGGAAUUUCUUUCUUGCCUUCUCAUAUUUUAAGUUGGCUGGAAUAGCACAGGGAGUGUACAAUAGAUAUCUUUUGGGAAAUAAUUCAUCUGAGGAUAGCUUUCUGUUUGCCAAUAUUGUGCAACCUCUGGCAGAAACCGGAUUACAACUCUCAAGAAGAACUUUCAAUACUGCACUGACACAGGUUGAUACCACCAGACACCUGCUCGUACAAAGUAGGAAAGGCCAGGAAGUUCUUGCUAAGGUGAAGCAUUUCAUGAAACAACACAUCAUGCCGGCUGAAAAGGAGGUACAUGAGUACUAUGUUCGAAAUGAAAAUUCAGCAGAUGUGUGGAAACAACCUUCAGUGAUUGAUAAACUCAAGGAAAUGGCCAAAGCCGAGGGCCUCUGGAACCUGUUCCUCCCAGCGGUGAGCGGGCUCAGCCAGGUGGACUAUGCCCUGAUUGCUGAAGAAACAGGAAAAUGCCAUUUUGCUCCAAAUGUCUUUAACUGCCAAGCACCAGACUCAGGGAACAUGGAGGUGCUGCACCUGUAUGGAAGUGAGAAACAGAAGAAGCAGUGGCUGGAGCCUCUUUUUCAAGGGGACAUUGCUUCUGCCUUCUGCAUGACAGAGCCUGACAUAGCUUCCAGUGAUGCUACAAAUAUUGAAUGUGCUAUCCAGCGAGAUGGCGAUAGCUACAUAAUAAAUGGCAAGAAAUGGUGGAGCAGUGGAGCUGGGAAUCCCAAGUGCAAACUAGCAAUUGUUUUGGGAAGAACUGAAACUACUGUAUCCAGACACAGGCAACACAGCAUGAUUCUUGUUCCAAUGGACACACCUGGUAUACAAGUAAUAAGGCCUUUGUCAGUUUUUGGCUACCUGGAUCAAUUGCAUGGCGGGCAUAUGGAAAUCCAUUUUAACCAAGUGCGAGUUCCGGCCACCAAUUUGAUACUAGGUGAAGGUAAGGGAUUUGAAAUCUCCCAAGGCCGCCUUGGCCCUGGGAGAAUCCACCACUGUAUGAGAGCAGUAGGAAUGGCAGAACGUGCUUUGCAGAUCAUGUGUGAACGGUCAGCACAGAGGGAAGCCUUUAAGAGGAAACUGUAUGAGCACGAGGUUGUGGCUCACUGGAUCGCUGAAAGCCGAAUUGCCAUUGAGGAGAUCCGCUUGUUGACCUUGAAAGCUGCCCACAAAAUAGAUACUCUGGGCAGUGCCAAGGCCAGGAAGGAGAUCGCAAUGAUCAAAGUGGCUGCUCCACAGGCCGUCUGCAAAAUCGUUGACAGGACCAUCCAGGUGUGUGGAGGUGCUGGUGUUUCACAGGAUUACCCUCUGGCUAGCAUGUAUGCUUUCAUACGAGCUCUGCGCUUAGCAGAUGGACCCGAUGAAGUCCACCUCUCAGCAAUCGCAAAAAUGGAACUCCGGGACCAAGCCAAAACGUUGACAGCCAGGAUGUAAGGAGAAUAGCUCCUCUAUACCCUGUGGUAGAAACCUUCCUUUGUACAACCUUAAUCACCUCCAACAUCUGAGUCUCAUAUUAUUGCAGCAGUUUGAGCACAGGGUUAAUUACUCACUUAUAGCAAAGAUUUUAGUGUCUGUUUUGAUCAGUGUGUCUUAUCAUUUCCAGGGUAACAUAGAUGUAAGGUAAAUAAAUACUACAGCUGUUGUCAUUAGGUCUCAUACCUAAGUAGCUUACUAUUUACUUUUUAAAUGCAACUUCCAACAGAUCAUGAAUUAAAUUGGAUAGCUCUUUCUAAAGUAUUCUAUAGAAAUAUUUUCACUUUUUGAUUUUUAGGUAUUAUGUGAGUAAAUAACUGUAGGAAUAUUUCAUCUUGCUUUGACAAAUCUAUAAUUGGAUUGCUUUUUAAUGCUGUUUUUUACAAGUUAAUUUAACAAUGUUAUUAACAUUUGCAUUGGUUAAAGAUAUAUGACCAGUUGGGUUGUUUUAGAAUUCAUGUGAUUUUAAGUCUGUUCGUAAUGUAACGGGAACAUUUAUGCGUUAAAUCUGAGAGCAGUUUAAGGUUUAUAAGAAAACAUAGCAGACUGUGAGAAAAUACAACUAAGAACCAUUUUAAUCAUUUAUAAAAUGUUUAUGAGGACAGCAAAAGUUUGAGCUACAGAAAAGUUCUCUAGUCUUGAGAAAAUUAAAGGCAGUCUGCUCUGAAUGCUGUCAUGCAAUCACCCUCUGCAAACAUCCUAUGGGUAUUUACAUCAGUUCUGCUCAAUGAGCAUAGCCCCCGUCUACCUGUAAUUCUUGAGCAUUUGAAAUGUGCAACAGACUGAAUUUUUCAUGAAAAUUUUUUUUAAUUUAAAUAUCAAUUCUUAACUCAGUGAUCGAGAAACCUUUCAAGCAUGGUUGGAACAACUUGGGUAUGUGAGUCUGCUUUUUCAACUGUAAAUUUUAUGGAAUCUAAAUACAUAGAAAAUAUUUUGAAUCAAGAAAUAGAGUAAACAUAAAAUACACAACAGAUUUUGUAAACUUACCAUGAAAAAGAUGCAAAAUAUCUCAUUAGUAGUACCUUUUUAUACUGAUUAC